UAUUUUGCACUGUAAAAGUAGAAUCGAUCUAGCGAGGAUUGGUUCAUUGCAGCGUGCUCCGAGGAGUCAUGACGCUAGUGCCUCUGAGCCAUCUGCACCUGCGUCAAUCCCGUGACUCAGCAGCUUCGUGGCGAAGCAUUGGCGGCUCCUUCACGACACUUAUACGUUCGCUGGACUCCAGCUCAGACAGUGCUUGAACAUGGACCCCUGCAGAUGUCCAUACAAAGUGCCAUGGAAGGAGACGACUUCCCCGAGGGUAUCGAGACACUCUACCUCUCGGACGGGAAGCCAGCCGGCGAGGAUAUCCGCAAUGCCAGCCCAUCAACGACACCAAGAGUAUGGAUACGGCAGAAGACCUCGUUCCUCGAUCUUCCUGGUGAGGUCAGAAUCAUGAUCUACGCUCUCGCCCUUCAAAGUCCGAACUACGUGAGGCUAUUAUUCCGGUACGACUGCGAGUUCAAUCCCAACAACUUGCGCUCCAAGGGUCAUAUCCCAAAUACCUCAUGGUUCCCCGUCAAGCGAAAGAUUCCCCUCAUUGAGAGCGAUAUACUCAACAUCAACCACUCGAAGAUCUGCGAACAGCUUCCACCGCUCACCCAUGCUAUUCCCUUGCUCACCUCGGAGAUCUUGAGCGCCCAGUAUGCCGUUAAUGGCUUGCACAUCCCUCUGCGCAACGCCCUCGAACGACAAAUGUGCGUGCGAUGGAUCCGUGACCGUGGCAGGGUUCUCAGAGGCGUCACCAAGGUCAAGGUGCAGCUUCCGUGGAUCUUGGUCGGCUCAAUUAUCGACGCCGUCGCAACGUUGACGAAACGCAAUCCCACCGCAGACGGAGUAAAGUGGCAAAUGCGGCUGCAAGGUGCUCCUGUGCCGAGAGGCUUCUGCAUCUGCACUGCCUGGCAAUGGGCCAAGCGCACGCUCGAGCACCACGGCUCUUGUCCGCGUUACACUGGAGUGAGGGAGCUGGGUAUCGGGCUGGUGAUGGAGAGCGUGGUUGAUGUUUGCGAGGCUCUCGAACUUGCUGAGACGACGCGAGCGGCGAUGAUGUCGAGCAGGGAUCACUUCGAUGGGCAGUGCUUUUUCUGGGGUCAGAAACGCGGAGUGAGAUGUGAACACUGUGCUGAAAGGAUGCUCUAUGCGCUGUAAGCGGUCCACUGCUGUUGGGUAUGGAGUAAGACGCAGUCAAGCGCUCAAACGGUCAGGUACCGUCUACCCGAAGAUGUUGGAACGCGUCUCUGUAAAGGCCCGUAAUUGACAGAUCGCCAACACCGGAAGUAAACAUCGCUGAGACCUGGGCAACACAUACCGGGAAGCGGCAGACUAUGCCACAUUCUCUACUGAAAGGGUCUCCUUCACCUUCUGCUGUUCGUGCAGAUUCUGGACGCUCGCCAUCUUCUGCUCGAUUCUGUCGCAAGCAACC